GCGCUUAACCGGUGCGCGUGGUCCAACCUGUCGCGCCGCUCUCUUCCGAGACGAGAUCUGCCGAGCUGUGGUGUGAUUCAGAAUCAAGCAGAUUGAGUAUAUAACGAGAUAAAUCGAUAAUUUUAUUAGAAAAAUAACGAUGCGGUACCGGAUGUCGUCGAUCGUCGUCGUGAUCGCGCUUCUGAUUGUCCUGUUGGACGGCGCGAUCGGCAAACUGCGAGUCGCCUAUCGCUGGAAGCAAAUCGAUUACGACUGGCCGAGCAACGACACCAAGAGACUAUUCCCGGAUUACAAACAGGAAGAUAAUCUGCCUUUGGGUCUGGAAGUGGCCGGCGACCGGCUCUUUAUCACGGUGCCGAGAUGGAGGCAGGGAGUCGCCGCUAGUCUCAAUUACAUUAGACUCAACGACACGCGCGAAUCACCACCCCUCAUUCCUUACCCAUCCUGGGAGGCCCAUCAAUACGGCGCCGCCGGGGUGCCGGAGAUCGUUUCGACGUUUCGCGUGCGCGCCGAUCGUUGCAAUCGGCUAUGGGUCUUGGACACGGGAUUGACGGACAUUCUGGGCAGCCCCGAACAGCAGGCGCCGCCGGCGCUCAUCAUCUACGAUCUGAUGACAGAUCGCGUGCUGCGCAAACACGUGAUACCGGCGGAUCAGCGAACCGCCGAUUCCCUGUUCGCCAAUAUCGCCGUCGAGGAUUAUUCGUGCGAGGACUCGUAUGGCUAUCUGGGCGAUCUGGGCGGACCGGGACUCAUCGUGUACUCCUGGAGCCUCCAUUCUUCUUGGCUCGUCAAGCACCACUCCUUCCAUCCGGAUCCGAUGGGCGGAGAAUUCAAGGUGUCGGGAAUAUCGUUCCAAUGGAACGAUGGUUUGUUCGGAAUGGCUCUUGCGCCGACCGGUGAUGGCUACAGCACAAUGUAUUAUCACCCACUCUCCAGCGGUAUGGAAUUUGCUGUCACUACGAGAUUGCUACGCGAUCCUCAGCGCGCUAGUGCUGCGGAAACAUCUCACGAAUUUCAAACACUGGGCUCACGUGGUCCCAAUGGCCAGAGCAGCGUCAGCUUCCUGGACCCGAAAACCGGAAUUCUUUUUUACGCGCUCACCAAUCUCAAUACCAUCGCUUGCUGGAGACCGCAGGAUAAAUUUACCAUGCAGCAGCAAGGUUACGUAUAUCAGGACAACGUGACCAUGGUCUUCCCCAAUGAUCUCAAGAUCGAUCGGAACGGCAAUCUAUGGGUUCUUUCGGACAGAUUACCCGUCUUCAUGUAUUCGAAAUUGGACCUGCAGGACUAUAACUUUAGAAUACUCACGGGAUCGGCCGAGGAACUUGUUAUGGAUACAGUCUGCGCGUCAACGUCAUCUUCGACUUACUCCACAACGAUGAUGCAUGAUCAUAGAGAUCACAUGGGCCACAUGGAUCACAAAGAUCACAUGAUGACGACGCCUAGAAUUGACGGGAGAUUUAACUCUGCCAGUUUCAUGAAUAUUGAAUCCAGCACUCUCAUGAUGACGAUGUUACUGACGUUCCUAAUCAAAGCUUUUGUCUGAAGAGUGGAAGUGGGACAAUUUGAGGAUAAAAAAAGGAGAAUUUGAAAAAUAAUGGAAAUUAAAAACAAAAUGAAAAGAUCAAUAAAAAGAUGUUAAGUAAUUGAAAUAAUCAAAUAAAGUUUUAUCAAGAAUA